UUACUGUCCCCAUCUUCUCCGAGACAGACCCUGCCCUUUCUUUUUUGUCGCUCGGGCCGUAGGUUUUGUUGUAAAGGAUUGGGACACUCACAAUGGGAAGCUCUUUCCACGGCCUGCAAUGCUGACACUCCACUCCCUCCUGCUAAGAUUUCAUAUUAAGUGGUCCCUUUGCCCCCUUUGAACAUCCAUCAUCAUGGCUAAGCGUGAGACCGGCAGCACCAGCCCUGUGGUCAGGCAGAUAGACAAGCAGUUCCUGGUCUGCAGCAUUUGUUUGGACCAUUAUCACAACCCCAAGGUCCUGCCCUGCCUGCACACAUUCUGUGAGAAAUGCCUACAGAACUACAUCCCCCCUCAGUCACUGACACUGUCCUGCCCAGUAUGCAGACAGACCUCUAUCUUGCCAGAGAAGGGUGUGGCGGCCCUGCAGAACAACUUCUUCAUCACAAACCUAAUGGAGGUGUUGCAGCGAGACCCAGAGUGCAGCCGACCUGAGACCUGCAGUGUUCUUGAGUCAGCCAGUGCAGCUACAGCUUGUCCACCCCUCUCCUGCCCAAACCAUGAAGGCAAGGUGAUGGAGUUUUACUGUCAGUCAUGUGAAACGGCCAUGUGUCUGGAGUGUACAGAAGGAGAACACAGAGAACAUGUGACAGUUCCUCUGAGGGAUGUGCUGGAACAGCACAAGUCAGAACUUAAAAAUCAGCUGGACACUGUGCGCAACAGACUACCUCAGCUGACAACUGCCAUCGGGCUUGUGAGUGAGAUCUCCAAGCAGCUUAUGGAGCGGAAAAAUGAGGCAGUGACUGAAAUCACUAACACUUUUGAUGAGCUGGAAAAGGCCUUAUACCAACGCAAGACUGCUCUCAUUACAGAAGUGGAAAACAUCUGUAGCACCAAGCAGAAGGUGCUUCAAGCCCAGCUGACCUCUUUGCUUCAGAGCAAAGAAAACAUUCAAAGCAGCUGCAACUUCACAGAGCAGGCACUGAGCCAUGGCAGUGCUACAGAGGUCCUGUUGGUCCAAAAGCAGAUGGGUGAGCGCGUCAGUGCCCUGGCACGACACAAUUUUCCUGAACAUCCCCAUGAAAAUGGUCAUCUGGAAUGCCAAGUAGAGACGGAUGGACUGAGGCGCUCCAUCCAGAACCUGGGAGUCCUGAUCACAACCGGAGCUGUAGGCCAUACUAGUGUUGCCACUGGUGAAGGUCUGCGGCACGCGCUGGUUGGCCAGCACACUACAGUCACAGUCACUACUAAAGAUAAGGAUGGAGAACUGGUGAAGACUGGCAAUGCUGCUCUAAGGGCAGAGAUUGUUUCUGCAGAUGGUGUGUGCACUGAAGCUGAGGUCGUGGACAACAAAAAUGGCACCUAUGAUGUUGGAUAUACCAUCCGCUCAGAGGGAGAAUACAUGUUUUCUUUGUUGCUGUAUGAACAGCCUGUGAGGGGGAGUCCGUUCCGUUUGCGUGCUGUCAAACCGUCAGACGUCUUGCAGUCACCAGACGAUGUGAAGAGACGAGUGAAGUCCCCAAGUGGAGGAGGAGGUCAUGUUCGACAGAAGGCUGUGCGCAGGCCCUCCAGCAUGUACAGCACCACAAAGAAAAAGGAAAACCCAAUAGAGGAUGAGCUGAUCUACAGAGUGGGAACAAGAGGGAGAGAUAAAGGAGAAUUCACUAACCUACAAGGCAUCACGACCUCCAGUAAUGGACGGAUUGUUGUGGCAGACAGCAACAGCCAGUGUAUACAGGUAUUCUCAAAUGAUGGUCAGUUUAAAAUGAGGUUUGGGGUCAGAGGUCGUUCACCAGGGCAGCUGCAGCGCCCCACAGGGGUCACAGUGGACAUGAAUGGUGACAUCAUUGUAGCUGACUAUGACAACAGAUGGAUUAGCAUCUUCUCCUCGGAUGGAAAGUUCAAGAGUAAAAUUGGUGCGGGAAGAUUGAUGGGACCCAAAGGUGUGGCUGUGGAUAAGAAUGGGCAUAUCAUCACUGUUGAUAAUAAGGCCUGCUGUGUCUUCAUCUUUCAAUCAAAUGGGAAGCUGGUGACAAAGUUCGGAGCCAGAGGGACAUCAGACAGACACUUCACAGAAAAAAGUGGUGCAAAUAUUGCACUGGAACAAAAGCUUAGUAAAUCUGGCCCUGUUUUCAGUCCUCACUUUGUGGCUGUAAAUAAUAAAAAUGAAAUUGUGGUGACAGACUUUCAUAACCAUUCAGUCAAGGUGUACAAUGCAGAUGGGGAGUUCCUGUUUAAAUUUGGCUCUCAUGGAGAGGGCAACGGACAGUUCAAUGCUCCAACAGGUGUGGCUGUGGAUGCCAAUGGGAAUAUCAUUGUUGCUGACUGGGGCAAUAGUCGGAUCCAGGUGUUUGAUAGCUCUGGGUCCUUCCUGUCCUACAUCAAUACAUCAGCGGACCCCCUUUAUGGCCCCCAGGGCCUGGCCCUCACCUCUGAUGGCCAUGUGGCGGUGGCAGACUCUGGAAACCACUGCUUCAAGGUGUACCGCUACCUGCAGUAGAGACCUGAGACAGCCAUCAACCGUAAGCACUGAUAAUGACACAAGCGACAAAUUCCCCAGGGUGCAAUGACCUUUCCAGUACAGCCUUUUGAUGUGCACAUCAGCUAAUCUCCCAGAUAUAAUUGUCUGAACCCAAGUUAACUCUUCUGAUGAUGUGUACUGAAGGUUGUUUUUAAAGUUGGAUGAUGUAGCCUCCUUGGGACAAGUAAUGGACAUAAAGAUAUGGAUCGGUGGUACGGAACAUGCCAAAGCUUUUUGGUGAGUUGAUGGUAUAAUUACACAGUGCUUUCUGUGAGACCGGACAGGGUAGGAGAUGGAAUGAAGUAUUUUAAUGAGCCAUACCUUGUUCAAAUGCAUGACGUUUUAUUUUAUCUUAAUGUCUAGGCGACAAUGCAGUGUUGCUUUUUCCAUGAACUAGUUGAUGCUUACAGUGAAAUGAACUGCGCUAUGCUUCCUAGCAAAGAAGAUUUCUCAUUUACUGACAUCUUGCAUAGAAAUGUCACCGCCAUCUGUGCACUGAUUAGCUGUAUGUACUGUAUAUACAUAAAUGUAUAUUGUGUAUAUUAGCUCACUGAGUAUGUAUGUGAUAUGACUUUGAAACAAUUCAGAGAGCAGCAGCCACAGUUUCCAGGAUUGUAAACGUGUGUAUGGCAGCUGUUACUGUAAGAAGUGUGCUUUUGAGACCAUACCCAGCACAUGCUUAAAACAAGUGUCAUAUUUAUUGCUAAUGUAAUCAGCACAAUAUGUUUUGUUAAUAUCUGUUUGUUUUAAAGGAAACACAAAGUUAAUUUAUUUUAUACACCAGCUCAGCAUUUACAAAUUAUUUUUCUAAAUUCAUGUGUUUUGGUUUUUCGUUGGAGCUUCAUACUUUAUCCAUGGUCCUUACAGAGAAAUUUCACCUUAAAGCAGAAUUCGGCAGAAAAUUUAGAUUGGCGUUUGUGCACAAUGCAGCUCUUUUCCAAGGCUGCAAGCCAAUCUUUGUUUUCAUUCAGAAUGUCAUUUAAAAACAGGUUUUCUAAGCUUCACUUUUCUGAAUGAGCUCACGGGCUCAUACAAAGUUUGUUUUGCCUUUAACAAUUAAAUGUGUUUAUAGUUUAUUCAUUAAUGUGUUAAUACACAUCUCAGGAAAUCCACCCAAAUUAGUCACCAUAUGGAAGUAGCAACUUCAGAUGAGAGGGACACUGGGAGCGAUGUCAGGAAACAGUUCAUUUAACAUAGUGUGGAUUCAAUGUCAUAAGAAUUCUUGGAAUGAAAUAUGAAUUCUGUUUUGCAGCCGGUUAGUUAGAUUUGCUUUCACAUAGGAAACUAUUACAAAAUGAUGAAGUAGUGACUUAUUAGAUGGCAUUUGCCAGCAAACUCAUCCAAGCUUCAGAAUAGUUUCUAAUGCUGUUAGAUCUGAGGACAAGCCUGUAGCAGUAGAGCUGUUGCUGCUCUUACUCCCCCUCCUGUUCAUUCUGUAUAAUGUCAUAAGAAAGCCUGGUGCCACAACAGAAGAGAGUCAAAGGUGCAAGGAAAAGACAACUUCCUGGCCUGAUGUAAUUAGUCACAGGGCUGUGUUAAACUCCCACAUGCAAACGUGCACCCGCCGCAGUGUGAAGAUGUCUUGUGCUACAGAACAUGGCCCGAUUUAGUCACCCAGGAAGCUGUUUUUCAUGCACUGAUUGAUUUGUUGCCAAACAGGAGCUCAGGCAUCUUUGAAGAGUCGGAGGCUCACCAUUUUAAGAUGUCUGAAAGAUUUUACUCUACGUUGUUUGUCAUACAAUACAAACACGCUUGUUUUCUCUAUGAAUAUGCACUGGUA